GUCAGAGGAGACAUGAUAGAAGUGUAUAAAAUUAUGCAUGGCAUUGAGAAAGUGGAUAGAGAAAAGUUCUUCUCCCUCUCUCAUAAUACUGGAACUCGUGGACAUUCAAAGAAGCUGAAUGUUGGAAGAUUCAGGACAGACAAAAGGAAGUACUUCUUUACUCAGCGCAUAGUUAAACUAUGGAAUUUGCUCCCACAAGAUGCAGUAAUGGCCACCAGCUUCUAAAAGAAGAUUAGACAAAUUCAUGGAGGACAGGGCUAUCAAUGGCUACUAGCCGUGAUGGCUGUGCUCUGCCACCCUAGUCAGAGGCCGCAUGCUUCUGAAAACCAGUUGCCGGAAGCCUCAGGAGGGGAGAGUGUUCUUGCACUCGGGUCCUGCUUGCGGGCUUCCCCCAGGCACCUGGUUGGCCACUGUGAGAACAGGAUGCUGGACUAGAUGGGCCACUGGCCUUAUCCAGCAGGCUCUUCUUAUGUUCUUAUGUAACCGGUUGCAUCCAAAGAUGCAUCUCCGCUCCUUAACUGGGAUGCCCAGGUAUCUCCCAUCCAGAUAGGCCGAGGGCAUCAGUUGGAACCUGAGUUCCGUGAACGCCCUGCGCAGGUGGGCUUGCGUCAGGACUUCAAAAUAAAAGGGUCUAGCGUGAUUGAGUUUGACUAGGGGGAACCAGGUGGAGAAAGGGGCUACUGCAAUUACUGCCCGAUCCUGACUCGCGUCGUGAUUGAAGACCCAGUUUCUGAGCGCGUGCAGGCUGAGGCUCAGAUAUUUCCCCAUGGAGAGAUUUUAGGUGUCUAGUUUUGCUUGGAUCAUGUGUGCCCAUCCCCUAGUCUUAUGUUGCUCCGUCCAACAAAGUACGGGUAAGGAGCAUUCAUCCAACCUAAGUAGUUUCCGCCAGAAUCUGAAAUGUGCUAGGUCUAUUCUUGCUGUGAGGGAGGGGAAUCCAAGCUCCGCUCUCGGAUGGGCUGCCGGGACCCCCUGAGGCAAACCCAAGAUCUGCCGUAAGAACUUGUUUUGGAGGACUUCCACUGCCUGCUUCACCGACUCCCCCCACAGUUCGGCCCCAUAAAGGAUUUGGGGUAGGAUUUUUGCCACGUAGACUUUAAGCACGGGGUUAAUUAGUUGCCCACCUUGGGUAUAAAAGAAACGUCUAAUGUGGCCGAUUGACCUGGAGCAAGAGAGUUUAGUUGCCACCAGGUGGUGUUUCCAUGAGAGUUUCUCGCUGAAAUGCACACCCAGGUAUUUGAAUGAGUGCGCCUGCUCUAAUUUGUGCCCAUUCAGAGACCAGGUCGACUUGGGGCUCUUCUUGCCAAAGAUCAUAAUCUUAGAUUUGGAAUGGUUAAUGGUCAGGUGAUGAGCAUCCUUUUUAGACCGAUUUUAUUCAGAGAGAGUAAAACCAGAUCGUCGGCAUAAAGCAGGGACGAGAUCUUACAAUUCCCAGCCAAUGGUGGGAAAAAGGAAGGGGAAGCCAACUCUGGAAUAAUGUCAUUGAGAAAAAGCAACUAAUUUGAAAUGUGGUGUUGGAGGAGAGCUUUGUGCAUACCAUGGACUGUGAAAAAGACAAAUAAUUGGGUGUCAGAACAAAUUAAACCAGAACUGUCACUAGAAGCUAAAAUGAUGAAACUAAGAUUACCAUACUUUGGACGCAUCAUGAGAAGACAUGAUUCACUAGAAAAGACAAUAAUGCUGGGAAAAACAGAAGGGAGUAGAAAAAGAAGAAGGCCAAACAAGAGAUGGAUUGAUUCCAUAAAGGAAGCCACAGACCCGAACGUACAAGAUCUGAACAGGGUGGUUCAGGACAGAUGCUCUUGGAGGUCACUGAUUCAUAGGGUUGCCAUAAGUCAUGAUCGACUUGAAGGCACGUAACAACAACAGCAACCCCAUCCAAAGCAGGCAACUGACCAAUUAUCUGAACUCGGGAACCACCAACCCACAGCGCCUCUGUCUUGCUAGGAUUCAAACUCAGUUUAUUGGCCCUCAUCCAGCCCACCACAGAGUCCAAGCAGCAGUCCAGGGCUUGCACGGCCUCUCCUGAUUCAGAUGUUACAGAGAAAUAGAGCCAGGUAUCUUCAGCGUACUGCUGACACCUCACCCCAAAUCUCCAGACGACCCCGAGAGGCCAAACCUCCAGGGAGGGGCCAUAGCUCAGUGGGUAGAGCAGCUGCUUUGCAUGCAGAAGGUCCCACGUUCAGUCCCCAAAGGCAUCUCCAGGUAGGCCUGGGACUGGGAGACUCCUUGUCUGAAACAGAGAGCUGCUGCCAGUCAGUGCAGCCAGCACUGAGCUAGAUGGGCCCCAUGCUCUGACUCAGUACAGGGCAAGAUCUCCGUGCCUUCCUCUGUUCUGCGCAAUAUCUCUUUCCUCCUUGACUCCUGCUUUGAGAGACCAUCAGGCGGCUUGACUUCGUGAGGGUUAAAAUAUACAAUAUGAGAUUCCUAGAGAGGAGGAGGAGGUGCGGGAGCCUUCAAAGAAAAUGCAGCUCCUCUCCCUCUGGCGUCACUUUCUGCCUGGAUCUUCCAUUGGAGGAAAGGGGCUCCCUGGUGAAGCGCGUAGUUUGAUCCGCCAUUAAACACCAGCAGAAGGAGAAGAAAAAGCAGCGCGGCAGCGUCGUUGGGCAUUCUGUGGUCUGAAUAAGUGGACCUGCUCCUUUUGAACACGGCCUGAAAAGGCAGAAAAUAUUUCCCAGAAGCAGAGAAGGGAUGAGGACCCUGUGAAAGACCAAGAGAUCAAAUAUGGAACAGCAAGACCCAGCUACCCCUGAAGCAGGACUUGGCCCUGUUGCCAUCAAGACUGAGACCCAUGUGGAGGAAUUCUUCCGGGACAAUGUGCAGAAGAUCUUGGGGGAGAACCCUCUCAGCUCAGAUGUGCAGUGCCAGCAGUUGCGGCGCUUCCGCUAACAGGAGGCUGAGGGCCCCCGAGAGGCUUGCAGCCGACUCCACCUUCUUUGCCGUGAGUGGCUGAAGCCCGAGCAACACACAAAGAACCAGAUCCUGGACCUGGUGAUCCUGGAGCAGUUCCUGGCUGUCCUGCCCCCAGAGAUGGAGAGCUUGGUGAGGGAAUGUGGAGCUAAGACCAGUUGCCAGGCAGAAAGUCUCCUGCUGAACAUGGCAGAGGACGAGAAGCAGGCAGAGCAGAAGGAAAAGUCUCUUUAUGCAGAAAUAGGAACUGAUUUCUCUGAGGAAGGGAGGACUCCAUUGGACAUCAGGCAGAGGCUGCUGGGUGAUGGAAUUAUGUCAGCAAGACCUAGUAAACCAUUUCCCCUUUCUGGUGGAGGAGAAGCUGUUGCUAUCGCCCCAGAUCAGGAUCCAGUGUCUUUGGAGGAUGUGGCUGUGCAUUUCACGGAAGAGGAGUGGGCUUUGCUGAAUCCUGACCAGAGAGCUCUGCAUAGCAAAGUCAUGGAGGACAUUCGUUCGACUCUGUCCUGUCUUGAAGGUGACGAGUGGAAAGCCAAGAAGAAGGGAGACCUUUGUGGGAAAGAGAUACAGGAAAGAGGCAGAUCUGAAAACAGGGAAGAGCAGAGGAGGAAACUUGAAGCAGAAGAGAAAAGCAGGAAUAAAUCUUGUGCUUCUUGGGGCAGUGGCUAUGAUAAAACGUCCAUGCAAAAAAAAAUAGAUAACCGAAGCAAAAGAAGUAAAUAUUUUGGUUGUUGGAAAACUCUCAGUUCUAACAGAAAAUGCAAAGUCCACUACAAAUACCAGAAAUGGAAGAAACCAAAUAAAUGCCUGGAAGGUGGAAAAGGUUUCAGUAGAAAUCGUUCUCUCACUUGGCAUCAAAGAAUUCAAACUAGGGAGAAACCAUAUAAGUGCUUCGAAUGUGGAAAGAGCUUCAGCUGGAAAUACCAACUGACUUCCCAUCAAAGAAUUCACACCGGGGAGAAACUGUAUAAAUGCUUAGAAUGUGAAAAGAGCUUCAGCAGAAAAGCCCAUCUCACUGCCCAUCAAAGUAUUCACACUGGGGAGAAACCAUAUAAGUGCUUAGAAUGUGCAAAGAGCUUCAGCAGGAAAGACAAACUCACUGCCCAUCAAAGAAUUCACACUGGGAAGAAACCUUAUAAAUGCCUGGAGUGUGGAAAGAGCUUCAAUAAAAAUUCAUCUCUUACUUCCCAUCAAAGAAUUCACACUGGGGAGAAACCAUAUGGAUGCCUGGAGUGUGGAAAGAGCUUCAAUAAAAAUUCCUCUCUCACUUCCCAUCAAAGAAUUCACACUGGGAAGAAACCUUAUAAAUGCCUGGAGUGUGGAAAGAGCUUCAAUAAAAAUUCCUCUCUCACUUCCCAUCAAAGAAUUCACACUGGGGAGAAACCUUAUAAAUGCCUGGAGUGUGGAAAGAGCUUCAGUAGGAAUUCCUCUCUCAGUACCCAUCAAAGAAUUCACACUGGGUAGAAACCAUAGAACUGUUUAGAAUAUGGAAAGAGCUUCAGCUGGAAAAUCCAACUCACUUCCAUCAAAUUAUUCACACUGGGGAGAUGCCAUAUGAAUGCCUGGAAUGUGGAAAGGGCUUCAGUAGAAAUUCCUGUCUCACUUUGCAUCAAAGAAUUCGCACUGGGCAGAAACCACAGAACCGCUUGGAAUUUGGAAGGAGCUUCAGAAGGAGCACAACUCUCUAUUGUCAUGAAAGAAUUCAGAAAGGGGAAACUCAUAUUAUGAGUGUAGUACAGGGGGCUGCCAAACCCUUCAUGUGGGUGUUUUGGAGGCCUUUAAAAUGUAAAAGAUUGUAGAGGCAAUGAACCCUCAGGUGGGAAAAAAGUUACAGUGCUUUAUUUGAAAGAUUUAGUGGUUUCUGGCAGGCAGGCGAUAGACAGAUAAAGCUGCAAAUGAAUCUUACAUCUCCUUUCUGUCGGGAGCCCUGGACAAGCAAUGGCAGAGAGAUCCACAGCUGGCCCCUACGCAACACCCCCAAAUAGUUCCCAUGAAGCUUUGGGGAAAGGUCUGCCAUUUAAAGUGGAAUAGAUGCAGAAUAACACUGCUGUGUGGAUAGGCUGUAUAAUCUUUGAAGGGGUUGUGGUGUGAUUAUUAUGAAGGGACCUUGCAGUGCUGAAUUUGCCACUCCACUGCUGCCCCCAACUCUGCCAUCUCAGUUGCCAGUGACCAUCCCAGAGAGCAUGAGAGUGUGGCGGGACUCAAUCUUGGGCCUUUCUGAGCUCUUCCUACAAGUGACUGGCCUGCCUUGCAGCUUGCUUGCCUUGCACAACUCUCAAGGGAGUCAGGCAGCAGCAGCAGGAGGAGGCAAUUCGUGAACCUGCCAUGCAGCUUAGUCUUCACUCUGCACCUGCUCCUGGGGUUUACCAGACCCUUCAAGGGAUUCCUCCUCUUGCUGCUGAAUAAGCAGGGCAGUAGCAGCAGAAGGAAUCUUGGAGCGCCCAGAGUCGUGGAGUGAGAAUGAAGUGCCAGGCAAGCCAGGUCCGGGCAGGUGGUGCUCUGAAGGGCUUCUUUGACCCUGAGCCUGACCUUGUCGUCUCAGCUGCUAACCCAACCUUCCACUCCAGAGAGGGUGAGAGUGGUCCCACCAGAGCUGCUUACAUAUGUGUGGAUGCACGCAGUCCAAAAAUUGCUUGUUGGGUAAUGUGUGGAUGUACACAUCACAUGAGUUGAGUGAGCUCAUGGCUUUUAGGAAUUCCUCAGCAUGCCUGUCUGCCUGCCCGCUGUGCUCUCUCUGUGCACAUCCAGCAUGAGGUCUCGAAGAUCAAGGAAGUGCACAUAGCUCUGCUCAAAAUAGGAUCUUAGUAGGCAAGCACAUUAAGGUAGAGGUUAGGCUGAGAGUUGGUUCAGUCAAGCUGCACAAGUGUGUUUAGCUGCUCUAUCAUUUUAAUGUUAUUUUAAUGUUUACAUGUUUGAUAAUUACAUGAUGAUGGAUUUUGAUCUGUGUAUAACCGUUGUAAAACAUUGUGUGAGGGCAGAAACUCUGAAA